AAUUGUGGCAAGGGUGUGACUUAGGCCCGCCGAUGGUCAUCGUUACGAUGGCAUUUAGGCAUGUCGUGUGGGAUGGCGUGGGGCGCCUGUAAUCACUGGGAGGUCGACGUCAUGUGCUAGGUGUGUUUUCGAAGCUGUGAUGUUGUUCUUGGUGGAGAGUCCUGACGGGUAUCUUUUGGCGUGCAGGGAAACUGGACGAAUGUGCGUAGUGUUGUUGGUACGGGGAGCAAGAAACAGGUCUUUGUCUAGGAUCGAGCGCGGACAGGAAAAUGAGUCAAGAUAAGAACGAUUGGCUGAAGAGGACGUCGACCUUUUCGCGAAUCAUGAACCCUGAGCUGCACACGAAGCCCAACCUGAUGGUGGGGGCCAUUGGCACGGGUGUGUUUGUAUUCCCUGUGGGCAGCAUGUAUAUUCAAAGGCAGGCGAUGUUACAAACCCCGAAGGUGGAGCGUGUGAUGAAGGAGAACCUGUCGUAGACAUUCUUGUAUGGAGAAGGCGGGAUGCGUGGGUGCGGCUUUUGAUAUUGAUUUCGGGUGCUGGUGUUAGCUUUAGGGGAUUGCAGUGAACGGGGCGUAUGUCAUGGCGAGUUGGGUGCGUAGAUUUGUGGUAGUUGUGUUUGUGCAGUGUUGUUUUCUGGUAAGCUCCAGUUGGACGGAGGAGCUCGGAUUAUGUGGAAGAUCAGUUGUGAGGAACCUGACGGAACUAGGACAGGACAGCUAUGGGAGGCCUGGGCUGAUGCACAUGACCAUUGCUGGGGCCGUCCAUCACGGCAUGAAAGAGAUGGAGGUAUGGAUGCAAACGUUCGCUCCGAACUCCGGAACACCGAUUCAUCGGCAUGAAUGCGAAGAGGUUUUCAUCACACUGAAGGGUCACGGAACCCUGUAUCUCAGCCGAAGUCGCGAGCUGGAUGCUCCUGGAGAGCCGGAGGAGUUCCAGAUAUACCCAAAUGCGACGUUCACAAUUCCAGUGGAUUCGGUGCAUCAGGUGAGGAACACGAAUCAAGGCGAAGAUCUGCAGGUGGUCGUGACCAUCUCCAGGCCUCCCAUGAAAUCAUUCAUUUACAAGGAGUGGUCUACUCCCCACGCCGAAGCAGUAUACGAGCCAAGAGAGUGGGAUAAGGAGGACAAGUUGUCGAGUGCAUCGCAGCAGUGCAAGGAGCCUGAAGCAGAGGAUGAUGUGAUGGCAGACAUUGCGAAAUUGCUCGGUAGGAGCAUUGAGGACAUUGUGGUGUCUGAUGAGAUAAGGUAGUGCAGGUGGUAUGAGGUUUUGUAGCGCAGUUGUGGGAGUGGAGACGCUGCGGCGCGGUCGGUGGGAUGGCUUGUGUACCGGGGGAUGGGAAUUGGACUGGUGGGCAGAUAGCGGCUGAGUGCAGGGAGCAACUAGUGCUACCAGGAAGCCUGUGUAAUGCAGUCGAGCGCCGGACCGAACACGGUGUAUGUGUCGGGGAGCGCUUUUUUGACGAUUAUUGGGGCGGUGGACGGAGAUGCGGGGAGUGUUGCGUGUAUGUGAAGACGCUUUGAGGGCCAUGACGCGGUUGUGAAGUUAGUCAGAGGAACCCGAAAGGAUAGGUGGUAGGAAUGUGGCUUGUAUGUGUCCGAGUAGUGGUGGGUUAGAGUUUCAGUGAGGGGCGGAAAGAAGUACCUGCGAGUGGGGAACGGUUCAUCCUUUCUCCGGUAUGAGGUGUGAAAGUAGGAAGGUUCAUUAAGUAUGUUUUGUUUGGAUGUUAUUAAGUCGCAUUAACUGCUCAAAUAUAUCCUCAUUUGAAGGGGUACAGCGAAGCGUCUAGGACUGUGUACCAUGGAGGUUUGACUGAUCGUAACAGGCACAACUGUGAGUCAACUGAAUAAACGGUGCUGCACUUACUUGACUAUCA